AUCCUGCGUAAGUAGAGGUGGAGUCGGCUAUGGAGGUGAGGCCAGGUCUGCGAGUGGUCCGCGGUCCUGACUGGGAGAGAGGGAACGAGGAUGGUGGCGAGGGAUACGUGGGAACUGUUGUUGCUGGAGGGAGGGCCGACGGCACGGAGGACGGCAGGCACGAUAUAGCCACUGUUCAGUGGGACGUGGGAGGAGAGAGACACGUAUACCGCUGUGGUGCGGGAGGCAAGUACGACCUGAGAGUGAUAGACAGCGCACAAGCAGGUGUGGUUCACAGACAUCUGGAGUGCAGUGGGUGUGGCGGUGAGAGUAUUGCAGGCUGUGUGUGGAGGUGUGUCCACUGUCUGCGCUACUAUCUGUGCACUCCGUGCUACAUGAAGGACAGUCACAGUGUGUGGCACCAUUUCAUGAGGAUAGACUCUCCAGAGAACCCCAGACAGAGGACGAGAGUGCGGUGUCGGUACCUGUCGGGGCGUGUUGGGGCCAGGGGGCUGUUUGUGGGAGCCAGAGUGGUGCGUGGACGAGACUGGAGGUGGAGUGAUCAAGAUGGAGGUGCGGAGAGAGAGGGAACUGUGGUGGAGGUGUGUGGAUGGCAGAGCGAGAGCUCAAGAAGUGUGGCAGUGGUGGAGUGGAGAGAAUCAGGUCUGAAGAGAAAGUACCGACUCGGACACAAGGGCAAGGUGGAUCUACAGUGUACAGUGGCAGCUGAAGGAGGACACUGCUAUCUGGACCACCUCCCACUGCUAGGGUCAGAGUACAAUGCUCCAACAACUCCAUUCAUCUGUGCUGGAGACAGAGCUAGACUGGAGAUGGACAUUGAUCUCCUCAAAAGCUGCCAAGAGACAAUAAACAACUGGGAUGAGAGACUUGUCGAUUUACUGGGAAUGGUAGGAUUUGUUAAUUUGGUGGAUACCGACAUUGCAGUAGCAAACAUCGUUUUCUCCUUUGAAGGAUCUGGAUUUACAGUUGUUCUCGGUGCUCUGCAAAAGGUAGAAGGACCAGAGAUUUCAAUUGAUGAUGUGGUGCGUGUGAUUGAUGAUAUGGCAGAGGUCCACAGACUACAGAAGGAUACUCGUGGAUGGCAUGAUGAUAUGGCUCUGUCUCUAGGACAGCUUGGUCGAGUACAUAUGUUUGACCAAUGUGGACAUCCGUGUAUAGUAGUGAAUGGAUAUCGGUGGGUCAUGCACAGCUCCUGUGUUGUACCAGCUCCCGGAGAACAGCCUGAAAAUGAGCAAAUUUAGAAGGAGCAGUCGUUGGGGGUGGAGCUACUCUGGGUCACUACGCUCGAGGAACCCAUGCCUGAGGCACUGGUGGCUGUUACUGAGAAUGGUUGUGCAACUGUGCUAGCAGAUAUGCUCAAGAAAUGGCCUGACCAAGCUAACACCAGAAAUGACGAUGACACACUACUGCAUAUAGCGGCAGGUCAGGGCUACUUAAACUGUUUGCGAGUGUUACUGGAGCACAAUGCAGACAUCACAGCCACAGAUGUCAAGGGAGAUAUUUCUCUACAUCACGCGAGUCGUAGCAACAAUUACCAGGAAGCUAAGCUUCUACUCGAUAAAGGCAGUGACAUCAACAAGAGGAAUGACCUAGGGUGGACCCCUGUCCACAUUGCAGCAGCCUUGGGCUACUCCAGACUUCUUGGACUCUUUCUGGAACACCCAAAGUGUGACAUGAAUGCACAGAAUUUUGAAGGUGACUCGCCUCUGCAUCUUGCUGUUCGGAAGCGGUGGACAGCUACAACACGACAGCUACUGGAUGCAGGAGCAGAUAUAUCAGUGGCCAAUUAUGAAGGCUGUACAGUGUUCAUUGGUGCUGUGACAGGAGGAUUUGACUAUGGUGUGGAGAUCUUCCUGGAGGCACACCCUGGUCAUGUUAACAGCCAACGAUGGGCAGUGGGUACAGUGCUCUCCAUGCUGCAGCUGCAGUUCCUGACAACUUUGGCGUUCUCUGUCUUCUUGCCUCAAUGGAGAAUUGUGUCGUGGAUGCAUCGCCCUCUCCUAGUCCGCUGUAUGUGGCUGCGAAUGGGGGCUACACCAGAUGUGUAGAGGCUCUGGUGGGCUACGGAGCUACAGAUGAAAGAGGCAGUAUUAUACUGCACAAUGUUCUGAACCUGAGAAAAAUGGAGCCCCUUUCAGAGUGGACAGUGCAUUUGAAUGAGAAAGCAGACACCAAGUCUACAAAGGGUGCAGAGAAGACCACACCCACCACUGAGAGUGAGGCCACGCCCCCUGAGGUCUCGGUGUCUGGAGGAGACUCUAACAAGAUGGAGGAGAGUGAGGUGGACUCUGUGACUGGACCAAGUUGCUUUCUCUGUGAGGGGCCAUGUGAUAUCUCCUUCCAGCCAUGUGGACACACUGCCAUGUGUGCUGAGUGUGUCCAGAGUGUCAGUGUCAAAAGAUGCCCCAUUUGUAAGGUGGAGUCGGCUAUGGAGGUGAAGCCAGGUCUGCGAGUGGUCCGAGGUCCUGACUGGGAGAGAGGGAACGAGGAUGGUGGCGAGGGAUACGUGGGAACUGUUGUUGCUGGAGGGAGGGCCGACGACACUGAGGACGGCAGGCACGAUGUAGCCACUGUUCAGUGGGACGUGGGAGGAGAGAGACACGUAUACCGCUGUGGUGCGGGAGGCAAGUACGACCUGAGAGUGAUAGACAGCGCACAAGCAGGUGUGGUUCACAGACAUCUGGAGUGCAGUGGGUGUGGGAGUGAGAGUAUUGCAGGCUGUGUGUGGAGGUGUGUCCACUGUCUGCGCUACUAUCUGUGCACUCCGUGCUACAUGAAGGACAGACACAGUGUGUGGCACCAUUUCAUGAGGAUAGACUCUCCAGAGAACCCCAGACAGAGGACGAGAGUGCGGUGUCGGUACCAGUCGGGGCGUGUUGGGGCCAGGGGGCUGUUUGUGGGAGCCAGAGUGGUGCGUGGACGAGACUGGAGGUGGAGUGAUCAAGAUGGAGGUGCGGGGAGAGAGGGAACUGUGGUGGAGGUGUGUGGAUGGCAGAGCGAGAGCUCAAGAAGUGUGGCAGUGGUGGAGUGGAGAGAAUCAGGUCUGAAGAGAAAGUACCGACUCGGACACAAGGGCAAGGUGGAUCUACAGUGUACAGUGGCAGCUGAAGGAGGACACUGCUAUCUGGACCACCUACCACUGCUAGGGUCAGAGUACAAAGCUCCCACAACUCCAUUCAUCUGUGCUGGAGACAUAGCAAAACUGGAGAUGGACCUUGACCUUCUAAAGGCCAAGCAAGAUCAGAUAAAUGCUUGGGAUGCCACUAUUCCAAUGUUCCUUGGCAAGACUGGCAUUGUGAAUAGAGUUGGCCUGGAUGAAAUCACUGUGCUACUGACCUCUUUCUUGUCUGCGGCCAAGUUUCGUUUAGUCCCAGAUGCUGUAAAGAAGGUUGAGGGGCCAGAUAUUCUACCUGAUGAUGUGGUGCGUGUGAUUGAUGACAUGGCAGAGGUCCACAGACUACAGAAGGAUGGCCGUGGAUGGGAAGACGAUAUGGCUCUGUCUCUGGGGCAGCUAGGUCGACUGACAAUCAUACUGGAAGAUGGAUCAGUAGUGGUGAUGGUGAAUGGAAGGAGGUGGAUACUAGAUCCUCUCUGUCUCAUACCUGCACGUGGAGAACGGCCCGAAGACGAAGAUACUGAGGCUGAAGUGAACCCGGGGAUAGAGAUUCUCCUGUCCAGUAUGAUGAGGGAGCCCCAGCCUGACGUGUUGGUUCGUCUCGCCACUAAAGGGCAUGCCCAAAUCCUGGACAGUCUCCUCAAGAAAUGGCCUGAUCAGGUGAAUGUUCUGCAUGAUGGUAAGACACUGCUGCACAUUGCAGCAGCUGAAGGGAGGCUCAAUGCUGUUCAGGUUCUACUGGAGCACAAUGCUGACAUCGCAACUGCAAUUCUUGCACACAAUUUGUGGCAGCAGUGGAGCUAUCCCACUGCACAGUGCAGUCCAGCUGUGAGUAGCAACGCAGUUCAGCCGAACCAUGCAACUGUAACUCUGUACUGUAUGAACAGGAACCAUUACCAAGUGGUGAAACUGCUCCUGGAUAAAGGCAGUGACGUGAACAAGAGAGCAGCCAGAGGGACCACACCGGUCCAUCUGGCUGCCACUCUCGGCUUCUCCAGAGUUCUCCGUCUCCUCAUUCAGCACCCUGACUCCGAUAUCAAUGCUCAGAAUGAAGCCCGUGAGACUCCGCUGCAUCUGAGCUGCCUGGGUCACUGGCCAGCUGCCACCAAGGUCCUCCUGGAGGCUGGAGCCGACGUCAUGCUGCUCAACCUCAUGGCAGCCAACCCUUUCCUGCAUGCCGUUGUCAACGGAUUCUACCAUGGAGUUGAGCUGAUAAUGCAGUAUCAUCCGGAGAUAAUCAACCAGACCAAGAUUGAUGACGGCUACACCCCGCUCCACGUGGCAGCUCAAGUUGACAACUGCGAUGCUCUCUGCUAUCUUGCAGCCAUGGAAACCUGUGAGUUGGACACCACCACCUACAUACACCACACAGCACUGCUUACAGUCUGUAAAGAGGGCUUCACGCGAUGUGUGGAGGCUCUAGUGGGCUACGGGGCUGAUCCAAAUAUUGCCGAUGAACGUGAUGGAACGUCACUGCACUUUAUCCUGGCCAAGAGGAACAUGAAACCUCUUUCACGGUGGACACCACAAUUGAACAAGUUCCAUGAGUAUGUGUCUGGAGCUGACAACAGUAUUCAGGAUGUCCCUGUCUUCAUCACUGUGGCCUGUUUCCUGGUCAGUGAAGGAGCCAGUCUGGAGACACAAUCACUGGAUAGUGGAAUAACGCCUCUGGAUCUCUGUCGUCCUGAAUACCACUCUCUACUGAAGAUGUUUGCCAGACCUGAAAGGAGAGGUAAUUAUAGAGGGAGUCUACCCAGACAUCCUCCUCCUGUCCCCAGACACAUCCAGACACAGGUUACCUAUAGAGACCACAAAGCCGGCAAUACCAGUACUGGAGGAGCUAUUAGUUCUCCCGCUAACAAGGCUACCUUCACUAAAACUGCUGAUCAUGGAGCUGCUGGGCCACAACCGGAUGACAGUGGUAGUUCUGAGCUACUACACAACACUGAAGCUUCUUUUCUUGCUAAGGGUGUGGGGGACUCCAACAAGACGGAGGAGAGUGAGGUGGAGUCUGUGACUGGACCAAGUUGCUUUCUCUGUGAGGGGCCAUGUGAUAUCUCCUUCCAGCCAUGUGGACACACUGCCAUGUGUGCUGAGUGUGUCCAGAGUGUCAGUGUCAAAAGAUGUCCCACAUGUCGGAAUGAUGUACUGCAGAAAAUCAAGAUCUCAUCCUAAAAUAGUAGUUUUGGUUUGUCAAAUACAAAAUCUCAAAGACUGU